AUGACACUUCGCGGCGAUUUGAUCGAUAGUCCAACCGAUCGACGGAGAACGCCGUACCGAAUCGCGCGUAUCGCGGCUGCCGUCACCGUACCGAUCGGCCAAAACCCAAGCAAGCAGGCUAGGGCGGGCUGGCCUGUCGUGGCGACGGUGGCCUUGGAGGGCUCGGAGGGCACACAACCAGGAGGGUACGACAACCAGGUCCGUGCCGUGAGAGUGCAGGCGGGCGACUCUCGUGCGGACGAGCACGAGACCCGUUUGGGCGGCCACGGUUACCCGGCGCGACUGUGGGCGGUACGCGCGAGCGCGUCGUUCAAUAUUGCGCCAAGUAGUGGGGAACUUUCUCACGUGCUCGGCCACGCGGUUCUACACCUUCGCUGGAUGAACGUCCGAAUCAAGAGUAACAUGUGUGCAGUUCAAAUCGAUUGGUUAUGAAGAAACAGCGGAACGUAACGAUAGGGUUUGUUGUCGCGGCUGAAUUUUGUCAGGAAGCUUUUAUCUCUUG